UCUGUUUUUGGACAUGCUUUGUAGUCAGUAAUGGUACAUUAUUUUGACAAAAGUAUAUGGACACCUACACAGUACUUUUAUGCUACACACAGCUAUUCUAAAUUCAUAGGCAUUAAUAUGGAGUUGGUCCCCGCACUGCAGCUGUAACAGUGUCCACACUUCUGAGAAGCUUUCUACAAGAUUUUGGAGUGUCUGUGGGAAUUUUUUGCCCAUUCAUCCAGAAGAGCGUUUGUGAGGUCAGAUACUGAUGUUGGACAAGAGGGCCUGUUCAAUGGGGUUGGCACAGCAGCAAGAAAUAUUGCAACAGAUUUGAUGGCAAUAAUGACUCCCAAUAAAGGCUCUAAUCUGUCACUGGAGCAGUACCCCUCUUGUCACUGGGUUUGUUGGUACAAAGGUUGUCCUGGUUGAGAGCUUCAUUCCAAAGAUCUUCCAAUCAAACUGAAUUGUGACAACAAAGAGAACUCGGAGAAAACAGUUCUGGCAGAUUAGUUUGUUUUAGCUGAUGAUCUUCUGCCAGUCUGUACUAUGGCAACAAAGGGGGCUCAGGCAGCGGAGGACAGAAGCAGCAGUGACAGUGAUGACAGCAUGACUGGACCUCCAAACUUCUCUGCUGAGGAGAGAGGACUCCCUGAUGAUCUCCUGAAGAACAGCAAUGAGUUCAUAAGACUUUAUGAAAAGCAUCAGCCUGAACUCCAACAGAAUAUCAAGGAUCUGGAAAAGAGCUCAGAUGAGUUUUUAUGUAAAUAUGAAGAAGCAACCAGACAGAGUAGAGCAGGGCGAAUGUUGGCAGGACUAGGAGCACUAGGAGCUGGAGCUGGAGCUGGACUUUGUUUGGCACUGGCUCCCUUCACUCUUGGUACGUCCUUGCUUGUAGGAGCAGUUGUGGUAGGGGCAGGUGCAAUAUACAGCCUGAAAGGUAACAGAAAUAAACAUGAGGAAGAGGAGAAGGCACUUGAAGAUGUGAAGAAAGCUCUGCAGACGUUCAAGACAACAGCUAGAAUAGUCACCAAACACUUACACAAUGUCUGUAACCAGGUUGAGGAGAUACUGCAGUACCAAAUAGAUGAACAGUCUAGAUUGUUAAAAUCUGAGGUAAGAGAACUCAGAAAGCAUACCGACGUUUGGUCACAGCUUGCAAAACUAUUUAAGUCAGCGGACCUACAGAGACUGUUAAUGCAGGGAACAAGAACUAUAGCUUGGACAGGAAACAUCAACCCAAUGAUUACAAUUCUGUUAGAUUUAUUUGAUUUCCUCUAUAUUUCUGAAGAUGAAAGAACGCUUAGAGAUUUUGAAAAACUGAAAAAUAAACAAUCUGGAAUGCAGGUGUAUGAACUGGAAUCAAAAGCAGGACGGUUCAUUUGGACGAUGAGAGAAACGAUUAAUCAUUUUCAGAACACCUUAAAUGAAAUAAUCACUUUGAAAACGGAGGUAGAGAACACACUUUUACCCAAGCUGAAUAAGUUUGCUACAGAAAAAAUGAUGACAAGAGUUUAAACUGAUUAAAAAGGACAUAAAUAUGCAGCUUAUUCCUUAAUGGCUAUGAGAGAACUGAAGUGCUACAGAAAUUCAGUUGAAAUCUGUUGUUUUAUAUUAAAGACUAAAACUGAGGAAACACGUUUAGCUUGCAUCAUUUAUAAUUUUCCAUGUACAAUGGAUGACUGCUUAAUUGUCUGUGUCAUUAACUACUGCCACCAAGUGGCUUUAAUGUAUAAAUGUUUUUGUGUGUGCUGUAUGUUAUCCCAGUGAAUACAGCUGGUGCCUAUCAAAA